AUGACCACCACGUCGCCCACUGUACACUUUUUGUCGCAAGAAACGACUACACUAAUAGUAAAAAACCUCCCCAAUCUACCCGAGCAAGACAUACACGAGUUUCUGAGACACUUUGGCGCGCAGGAUAUACGAAUACUCAAUUCACAGCACUCGCCGCAUUCAGCCUUUAUAGACUAUCCCGAUCGUCAUACAGCAGCAACAGCAUUCCAAAAGAUUAGUUCGCUCGAGCCUGUUUACGGAAAGAAGAUACGCGUAGAAUAUGCAUUGCCAUCUCACGCAACGUUGGUUAGGGACAGAUCGAAUAGGGAGGAAGCAAGCGAAGAAAGAGACGGCGGAAAGAACGAAGCCGGAGAGAUAGAAAUUCUCCAAAACAUUACAUCUGCCAUUGCUGCAGUUCCGCGGCUCUACACUCAAGUAUUGCAUUUGAUGAAUAAGAUGAAUUUACCGCCGCCGUUUGGGCCCGUUUAUGAAAACAGUGUCCCGGAAUUG